CAGGAAGAGGAGUUGAGAAAUGAGUCAGAGAUUCCUCCUCCGCACAGAAAUCAGACAAAAAGUCCUAAAAAUCCAGCCCGGAGCGCCUUUCCAUCAUCACCAUGCCGUGCUGCAGGCUGCGCGCUCUGUGUCAGUAUGAAACCAACAAGCUGGUCCGGAUCCAGAGCGUCCGGCUCGGCUCACUCAAGUGGAGUCUGAACGUAGCCAUUCUGCUGUUCAUCUGUAUCAUGAUGUUAUGGAACAGGAAGUACCAGGAGUUUGACCUGGUGGUCAGCUCGGUUACCACAAAGGUAAAGGGUGUGGCUCAGGCGCCCCUGCCCGGGGUCGGGAACGUGGUCUGGGAUGAGGUGGACUACAGCGGGCCUUGGAAGGGGAAGAACACCUUCUUUGUGGUGACCAACGUCAUUGUGACAAAGAAUCAGAAGCAGGGGAAAUGUGCGCAGGUUCCUCUCAAAGGCAGAUUCUGUCACACUGAUAAGGAGUGUGAGAAAGGAGCCUGGGACCAGCAGAAACACGGGAUUCAAACGGGAUCGUGUGUGAAGUUUGAUUUAUCGAAGAAAACCUGUGAAGUUUCUGCGUGGUGUCCGAUCGAAACCAGAACGACCCCUCCAAGACCUGCUCUGCUGGCAGCAGCUGAGAACUUCACUGUCUUCAUCAAAAACAACAUCCGAUUCCCAGCUUUCAACUACAUCAGAAGGAACAUCCUCCCAGAGAUGAACGACGCCUACCUGAGGAACUGCCACAGAGGAAACGACUCCCUGUGCCCCAUCUUCAGACUGGGAGACAUCGUCCGAGAGGCCGGGGAAAAGUUCUCUGAGAUGGCAGUAGAGGGAGGCGUCAUCGGCAUCCUGAUCAAAUGGGACUGCAACCUCGACAGGCUCAUGCAGCGCUGCCUUCCCAGAUACUCUUUCAAGCGACUAGAUGAAAAAGAGAGCAACAAGACGCUCUAUCCGGGCCUCAACUUCAGGUUUGCAAAGUACAACACUGUGAAUGGAGUGGAGGAGCGAACACUCUACAAAGCAUUUGGGAUCAGAUUUGAUGUCAUGGUAUUCGGACAGGCGGGAAAGUUUAGCUUCAUUCAACUCAUCAUCUACAUCGGCUCAACGCUGUCCUACUAUGCCCUGACAACCAUCCUGAUCGACUGGUUGAUUGGAACCAGCUGUUACUCUGCAGAGGUCGGUCAAAACUACUCUGAAAGGAAAGUGGAAUCAAUCCAAGAUAAAGAGAAGUGCAUCCUUUGUGUUUCCUACAUUGAUGAGAACAACCUUCGACUGGUAAAACGCUCACAAAAGAAAAGUUUACAGGUCAUCAAACCGAUGUCUGUUCAGCGACGUAAGGAGGAUCCAGGACACUUGAGAGCCAUUCUCUGCCUCCUACAGCCAAGUGAUGGCACCAAUGAUGAUGUUCAGCCUUCCCUUGACAAGAAAACCGAUCCAAAUGCCAAACCCCAUCGUCCAGCCUGGUGUAUGUGUGACUUCUGUGCUCCUUCCUCCCUCCCGGAGGAGGAGUUGUGCUGCAGGCGGACCGAGGGCACCUGCAUCACCUCGUCUCCUCUGUUUGGGCAGCUGGUGCUGCGGCGCUCCCUGCUGGAGGCAGUGCUCCUGUACCAGGAUCCCCUGUCUCCUUCAUUGAAAAAGCUUCAGACUGCCACCCUGCGUCACUGUGCCUACAGAGAGUACAUCAGCUGGCGGUUUGGGGUCCCACCCAAUGACACCCAUCCUGCCAUCCCUAGCUGCUGCGUGUGGAGAAUCAGGAGGGAGUACCCGAGCCCAGAUGGACAGUACAGUGGUUUCAGACCUGUAAAGAUGACUUCCAUGCAAGCCUGCGAAAACGGAGAACUAUGAGAGGAGUGUUUUCACUUUACAGAGCAGGGAAGCCCUCACUAACUGACCUACUAACAAUAUUCACAUGUACCGUCUGCCUUACAAAGCAAAACAAAAAUGCAACAACUUUACUCAUCUGUGCGGAAAAUGAAACUUAAUCAGUUUGUCAGCUUGUGUUCGGUGAGGGAAAACUUCACUAAGUCAAUAAAUUACUGCAUUUUCUCAAAUCUGUCAAGUCGUUUGGCUGCUUGGCUGCUGUUUUUCUCACAUUCACUCUCUUUAUGCUGCUUUUUGCCUUUAUAGGGCAGGAAUAACUCUAAUCGGGCUCAGACAAAGGAUUUCUCCUGCCCGGAAUGUGUUCACAUUCAUCAAAUUAUA